ACGAGAAGCCCACGCGCGCACCACCAGUAGUCCAGUAGAUAACGCACGCGCUGAUCGCAACACACCAAGAUCGCAAUGUCUGGUGCCGCUGACACAGCUGCGGCCGCGGCCGUCGCCGCCGUGGCCGGCUCGUCGGAUCCCGCGGCGUUGCCGCUCAGCGGGCGCGUGGGCAUCGUGACCGGCGCGUCGCGCGGCAUCGGGCGAGCCAUCGCGGCCCACCUCUCGUCCCUCGGCGCGAGCGUCGUCCUGGGCUACGCGGCCAGCGCGGCCGAGGCCGACGCGCUCGCCGCGGAGCUCCCGCGCGCCGUGGCCGUGAGGGCCGACGUGUCCGAGGAGGCCGGCGCGCGCGCCCUCUUCGACGCCGCCGAGUCGGCCUUCGGCUGCGCGGCGCCGCACAUCAUGGUCGCCAACGCCGGCGUGCUCGACGACAAGUACCCGUCCCUCGCCGACACCACCACGGCCGACUUCGACCGCGCGUUCGCCAUCAACACGCGCGGCGCGUUCCUCUGCCUCCGCGAGGCUGCCAACCGGCUGCCCCGCGGCGGCGGCGGCCGGAUCGUGGCCGUGACGUCGUCCGUUGUCGGGUCGAACCCGACGGGGUACUCCGCCUACACGGCGUCCAAGGCGGCCGUGGAGGCGAUGGUGCGGACGAUGGCCAAGGAGCUCAAGGGCACGCGCGUGACGGCCAACUGCGUGGCUCCCGGGGCCACGGCCACGGACAUGUUCUUCGCCGGGAAAAGCGACGAGACGGUGAGGCGGACCGCGGAGACGAACCCGAUGGAGCGGCUCGGGGAGGCCGGCGACAUCGCACCGGUGGUCGGGUUCCUCUGCACCGACGCCGCCGAGUGGGUCAACGGGCAGGUCAUCCGGGUCAACGGCGGGUACGUCUGAUGAUCUGUUGGCUGGCCCUGUGCCAUGCCAUUAGCCAUUAGCCAUCACGGUGGGAGCCAAAUAAUGCGUCUGGAAUGGAUGUUGCGGAAAACUGAACAAAUAAAUCUUGUGGGAAUUUGUGCUUA